CCUCGAUCUUGGCCUGGUUCUGGAUCGAUCUCCCCCAGCUCAUCUCCAAAGCAGCAGCUACGCCGCCUCGAUAGGUAGAGACCCGUAUCGCACCCGUCAGCCAAUGCCGCCCAAGACCAAAGCCUUCAAGCUUUCCAAGUACCUGUCACUGCUCCAAGACCAUCUCGCUUCUGAGAACGGAGAGCAGGCCGCAAAGCUGUUCAGCAUCAACGGCCCCCAUUUCCCCAGUCUCGUUCUCGAAGUGAGCUCGGUGAACUCCCAGGAUCUCGAGCAGGAUGUGUAUUCGGCCCUCGACGAGCAGUGGGCCGAGAUCUGCUUGAUGCACAUCAAGGUGAUUGCCCAGUGCCAACUGAAUCGCAUCAUCGAUGCUGCAGCCGACCAAAACACUCUUGCCCAAACAUUCCACCAGAUUUUCACGACACAAACCCGCUGGUGUCUGCCCAUCUUUUAUGCCAUCGCCAAGGAUCUUCGAGAUCUGUCUAUUCAGGCAGAUCUGUUGUUGAGCCAGCAAGGCAUGAAGGUGGGCCGAGUCGAGGAAGCUGCACGGACCCUGAAUCGAGGCUUCUCGCUGUGCAUCACCGAUCGCUCUGGGUACGAGGCCACCCGCAAGUGGGGCACCUAUUACAUCACCAACCUGCUCUUCAAGACCUACUUCCAGCUAGGCUCGACGAACCUGUGCACCAACGUGUUGCGUCUGAUCGCCGCCGCCCCGGAUCUGCCGCCGCUCGAGAGGUUUCCAAUCGGCCAUCAAGUGACGCAUCGAUUCUACCUGGGGUUGCUAUCGUUCCAAAACGAGCAAUACAAAAAGGCCGACGUGGAUUUGUCGUUUGCAUUCCGGCGAUGUCCACGCGACAGCCCCAAGAACAAAAUACUGAUCCUCAACUACCUGAUUCCGACGCGAUUGCUGUAUGGGAUCCUGCCGAGUCCCAAGCUCUUCCAGCGGUAUCCCUCGCUGGCGGCGCUCUAUGAGGGCUUUAGCAACGCAAUCCAGUCAGGCGAUCUGGCCUCGUUCGACGAGUGCCUGAGCCAAAGCGAGCAGCUCCUGUUUCAGAAGGGCACCUUCCUGACGAUCGAAAAGUGUCGGCUGCUGUGCGUGCGCACUCUGUUCAAGAAAGUCUGGCUGCUUCAGAACAAGAGCCCAAAGUUCCAGCUGGCGCUGUUCCAGACGGCGCUGUCGUUCUGUGGACAGCCACACGAUGUCGCCGAUGUGGAGUGCCUUCUGGCCAACAUGAUCGACAAGGGUCUCGUCAAGGGGUACAUCUCACAUGAACGGAGCUUUGUGGUUCUCAGCCAGAAAGACCCCUUCCCGCCGCUCCAAAGCUUCCAGUAGCGCAGGUCAUCGUGGCGGUCAUGAAAGCCCCACAUUUUGCAGCAGAGGCACCCUGAGUUGUCGUUGCUUUCGGGACCCUCAAUACACUCGCGAGUCGCCCAGCUCCCUGGAGCUCGAGAAGUCCAUCGUUGGCCGUGUCUCGCUCCAGCGCCAUCCAUUCACCCGCAUUUGUGAGCUCAUUCGAGACGGACAAAAUACGAAUAGGAAUACGAAUACGCAUGCCACACGCCCAGGAUGAUCGAGACCUCGCGCACAUCCCACACUCACCACGCUCGGAUCGAUCAACGGUCUCUCGAAAGAUAUUGAAAGAUAUCGCAC